UGUUGCGGCCAGGAAAGUUCUUUGUGGGGCGCCUUUUAUCCGCGGUCGGGAUGCCCGCUUCGUCUACUUUCGCGUCCCAAGUGCCAAACCCGAACAGACGUGUAGUGCUGGGUCCAUUAUUCCACGAUGACCUCGAAUUUUGGCGGUGGUUCCACAGGCGUGGUCUCUCGUUGCGCGGCGGAAGUUUGUGUGCACCCAUGUACAAUAUUUUGGAACGCCCGCCUGCACUAUCCGUGUUCACCGAUGCGUCUAAGCAAGCUGUCUGUGGAAGAGCAAGCUUGCUUUGUGGGGUCGAGCAAAUCGGUCCAGGGGGUUCAUGAUGUCAGCAUCAACGUGUUAGAGCUCCUUGGCAUGGUCAUGGGGGCAUGGAUGUUGGUAUUGGGCCGAAGUCACCAGCCUGUGGAGGCGGGUGAUUGUGUGCGCCUUCGAGGAGACAAUGAAGCAGCGACGGCGUGGAUUGAGCGUUGUCGGGGGGGCCUUGAGCCUCGAUCGGGGGCGCUGGUGCGCCUACUGGGGGCGCUGGAGGUAGCCAGCGGGUGGCAUUUCCACGCGACCNACAUGGUCAUGGGGGCAUGGGCGUUGGUAUUGGGCCGACGUCACCAGCCUGUGGAGGCGGGUGAUUGUGUGCGCCUUCGAGGAGACAAUGAAGCAGCGACGGCGUGGAUUGAGCGUUGUCGGGGGGGCCUUGAGCCUCGAUCGGGGGCGCUGGUGCGCCUACUGGGGGCGCUGGAGGUAGCCAGCGGGUGGC